UUGUUCCGGGGCCCCACCUGAGCUCAUAUGCACACACGUGCUCACCGACCCCCCAAACCCCCGCCCAUUCCCCACCUGCCGGCACGGCACCACCAAGAAUCCAAUCCCCACGAGCCAUGGACGGCGACAUCGCGGCCGGCGGCGGCGGCGGCGGCGGGAGCGGCGGGGGCGGGGGCACGAGCAUCCACGUCACGGCGCUGGACGGCAUCGUGAACGUGAACUCGCUCUUCACCCUCGCCGCGUUCGUGGGCCUGGCGUGGCGCCCCUCCUCCGACGGCCCGGGGCUCGCCGGCGGCGCCGACCGCACGGGCAACCCCUGCGCGGCCGGGGACCGCGCCGAGUCCGACCUCGUCUCCUUCCACGUGCUCGCCUUCGCCUGCUUCCUCUUCUCCAGCCUCGUCGCGCUCUGCCUCAAGCAGCUCGUCCGCACCUUCCCGCCGCCGUACCGCCGCGGCACUCCCCGCUCCGGCUCUUCCUCCGUCCUGGGCCGGACGGCGCGGAUCAACCGCGCCGCGCUCCGCGUCGGGAUCCUGGCGUCCGCCGUGGGCUCCGUCGCCGGGUGCGGCUUCCUCAUGAUGGCGCUCGUCAACGUGGUGCAGGUGAAGCUCGGCCGCCUCGGCUGCGGCGCCGGCGGGUCCGCCGCCUGGGCCGCCGUCGUACCGCUCGUCACGCUCGUCCCCGCCGCCAUGCUCAUCUACGUCGGCAUCGUCUUCUACGCCUUCACCCGCUAGCAGAUCGACAAGCAAGAGCAGAAUCUGGUGUUUGAACCAGAUCUCGUCUGUGAAAUGAAAUCCUCAGAUCUUGUGUGUGACCUUGUCUGUACAAUGCAGCUGACUUUUGUAAAUUAUAUGCUUAUGGUUGUGUUUUCUGCUGUGCUUACUCUGAGCAAAGUGAAUCUGUUGCAAACUUUUAUCUGCAUUCUGCAUGUUGGACAUGGACUGUACUUGCGAAGUUAGUCAGGUGUGCCAAGAGUGAAGCAAUGAUGGAGCUCAGGUGCUGGUUGGUCUCAGCAUCAGCAGGAUAUGAAGCUGUCCCAGAUCUGCAACUGUGCCAGGUCCCAAGCUUUGAGUUUGUGAUUAACUGAUUAUACGCAUUAUGUAAGGUUGUCUGAACUCUGAAGCAUGGAAGGUUGAAAAAUCUGGGGUAUCCCUUCCAUCGAAGUAAACGGGACUAUCAAA